AUGAACCAGAAAGACACGGACCCUAUGCCCGAGAGGCGGGUUCAAGGGAGAUCAGGCUGCAGGAAACCCGGAGGCUCUCCGGGGCUGCCGCCCCGGCCUCGUGAUGUAAUUGUUAUUUCUUACUCGGAGCCUGAACCCGCGGAGAGCUGCCCGAGAAGCGGCAGCCGGGUGCCUUCUGCCUUGUCUUGGAGGCGCCCGUUCCGCCCCCCACGCCCCAAGACUAAAGCAAGACACACAAAUGACAAGGUGGUGGAAGUUGGGGGGGUGGGCGAGAGGGAGCCCAGGAGACACGGGGCGUGGGGUGAAGUGGGCGGAGAAGGAAGCCUAAGACGCCGGCACCCAGGAAGGGACCCGGGGCGUCGCGACCCCCAGGCUGAGCCCCCUUCGCGGGCCUUUGGCCUGGGUCACGAGACUGGUCCCCCCUGCCCCCUCCGGGAGCCCCAGGAGGAGCUGUCCCGGCGCCUUCGGCGGCGGUGGGGGCUGCUGGAGCACCCGCCUCUCCCGGCCGCCGUGGUCCUCCCGCCGCCUCGGGGCUCCCGCAGCCCCCGCCCGGCCGGCCGGAGGGCGGGCGAGGAGGAAAGCCAGCCAGCCGAGGGGGCCCCGCGGUUCCCGCGAGCCUCCGGGACCCGAGCGCGUGCCUGCCGCCCCGGUGACAAUGGGAGAGAAGGGGGGAAAAAAGGGUUAAGAAACUUGGCUGAAGAGCUGAAUGGCGUGGAGCGGCGAGGGGAGGGACUGGGCCGCGGCCGCCGCGGCGGCGGAGGGAGGAGCGCGGCUGCGGGCGGGCGGGCGGCGAGCGAGGCGCUCAAAGUCAGCCUCGCAGACAUUGCAGCAGAGCCCCGAACUCGGGAGGCGGCGGCGGCGGCGGAGGAGGCGGCGGCGGCCGAGGCGGAGGGACGACCCGGCCCCGCGCUCGCCCGCGCGCCCGCCCGUGGCCUCGCGUCGGCCGCUGCGCCCGGCAGCGCAGCCGAUCGGAAGGAAGAGCUCGCCGGGGCGCCGAGGGAGGACGGGGCGGCGGGGCGCCUUCGCGGAGUGAGCCGGCCGGAGCCCCGGCGCUCGGAGCCGCGGCGGCCUCGGAGAGUGCUUGGAUUGUGAGCGAUUUAAGAACUCUGUUCUCAGGACCCAUUACUUUAACAUUGGGGAGAAACACAUCCAGAAGAUACUCACUAGAUAGAAGGAGGAGCGGGAAUCUGAAGACUCCAAAUGACAUCAGAGUUACUUUUCAGCAGCCUUCUCAAUUUCCUUUCUCAGAAAGCAGAGACUCCCAGCCUUGGAGAUGGACG